UUUUUUUUCUCCCUCCAAGAAGCAAGACGGAUUCAUUUCUCUGCUACACCCGGACGUAGCACGGAUGUGAUUUGACGCCGUACCGGCUCCUCUUCCGGUCUCUUUUCCCACAGCCACUGGGCGAAAAUGACCAAGGGAACAUCAUCAUUCGGUAAGCGCCGGAACAAGACGCACACCCUGUGCCGUCGUUGUGGAGCCAAGGCCUAUCAUCUGCAGAAGUCUUCCUGCGGCAAGUGUGGCUACCCCGAGAAGCGCAAGAGAAAGUACAACUGGAGCGCUAAGGCUAAGAGGAGGAACACCACUGGAACCGGCCGUCUGAGGCACCUGAAGGUUGUCUACCGCAGAUUCAGGAAUGGUUUCCGGGAAGGCACUACCCCCAAACCCAGACGUGCUGCAGUGGCUGCCUCCAGCUCAUCCUAAAUGAAUCAUUUUUGGUUUAAUAAAUGUGAUGAUAAAUUGGA